CAUGUCUUCGGCUGUCUGUCUCGGCGUUCGGACAAUUUCAGCUCUUUAUUUCUGCGGGAAGGUAUCUCUGAGAUUCCGACCGAUCGGCCGUUAUGGCGGGCACGGGAAUGCACCCCUACCACCAGCAAUGGGCGCCUACAGCGGCCGCGCCUCCAGCGGCUCCUCCGGUGACUCCACCGCCGCCUCCUCCUGCCCUCCCCCUCGCUCCGCCGAUGUCUAUGGAUAGCCCGGCCUCACGCUCUCACUCUGAGGAGGUACGUACCAUAUUCAUUUCGGGUUUGCCCGAGGAUGUGAAGGAGAGAGAGCUCCAAAAUUUGCUGAGAUGGCUGCCAGGCUACGAGGCGUCGCAGGUGAACUUCAAAGGCGAGCAUCCUAUGGGGUUUGCACUUUUCGCCACUCAACAGCAUGCUAUUGCAGCUAAAGACGCACUUCAGGAUAUGGUGUUUGAUGCAGAUUCUAAGUCUGUUUUGCACACAGAGAUGGCAAAGAAAAAUCUCUUUGUGAAAAGGGGGAUAGUUGCAGAUUCAAAUGCUUAUGAUCAAAGCAAACGAAUGCGGAUAGGCGGUGACUAUACACAUACGGCUUAUUCAACGUCUCCAUUUCAUCCUUCCCCACAAGCUGUUUGGGGGCCACAUGGAUAUAUGGUCCCAGCUCCUCCACCGUAUGAUCCGUAUGCAGGUUACGCUGUUCCUCCUGCACCCAUGCCUGCACCACCUCCCGUACCCUCACCAAGUAGUUAUUUACCUGUUCAGAAUACCAAAGAUAACCCCCCGUGCAAUACCCUGUUCAUCGGCAAUCUUGGUGAGAAUAUCAAUGAAGAAGAGCUGCGGGGCCUUUUCAGCGUCCAACCCGGUUUUAAGCAGAUGAAACUAUUGAGACAGGAAAGGCACACUGUUUGCUUCAUCGAAUUUGAAGAUGUGAACAGUGCAACAAAUGUUCACCACACCUUACAGGGAGCUGUUAUUCCAAGCUCGGGUACUGUCGGCAUGCGUAUUCAAUAUUCAAAGAACCCGUUCGGGAAAAGAAAGGACAACAAUUACAACGCGGCAGGCUCCAACAUAAACGUGUCGCCAGUAAUGCUGACCUACCAGUAGUCGGCAGGGGACGUAUUCUGUACUCUAUGCUCUCAGAAAUACAAAGCACUGCCGUUGCAUGCAUUCAUUAAUCAUCAAGUCAUCAUCACCAUCGGCAUUAUCUUCUCUCAUAUAACUGAAAUGCACUUUUAACGGCACUCAUACACUAGGCGUGGUGUGCAUUUUUAUAUCUAAAGAUUAUUAGGCAUGCAUCCUAAGCAUUGCCAUAUAUAUGUGUGUUUUGUUUCGAUUUUUUAUAUCGUUGCUUUUUCCAUGUUCAACUUUGCGUGUGCGGCGUUUGUAUUUAUUUAUGUACAAUCUUCUGUGGCCUUCGAUUUUCUUGAUAAAGUAGUUUCCUUUCGUGCUUAGUAUGAACACUUGUAUUCGCAUGUUGCUUCGACUGAUUUCUUUUUUGAAGAAAAUGUGUCUGAUUCUUUUUCA